GAGUUAGUAAAGCGGAAUUUGUUCUUGUAACAAACUGCAACAUGAUCCAAAGCAAGCCAAUGAGACGCACUUUCGAUGAUUUGUUGCUGGCGCUGGAGGUCAAAGACGCACCAAGUGGACAAUUUGAUAUGUCAGUCAGCCUUUGAGUGACUUCAGGAAUACACUCGGCCUCUGCAGCUUCAAGUCUCUCCGCGACAAUCGCCAUUCUCGAGUUUCACGUUUGGUUUCACAGAACUAGAGGCGAUGGCUACGAUGUGUGGUGGCGUCGUCGUCGUCGUCAAUUGCUCGCUGAUGUCUCCUGUUGGUUGCGCCGGUGUCCGCAGUGGGACCAGCGCUGGUGCCAAAUGGUGUUGGGCUUCUUCCUUCCGCGGGUCUUCGAACAAUGUACUUCCAGAAAUGAGGACAGACAGAAAAGCAUCAGCGAGAGCAGCUCCGAUCCGAAGCCACCAAGAGACAGCCGAGGUAGCCGUGAGUCGCACUGCGUGCCCAGCCGUGAAGCCAGAAGUCGACGUCUCCACCUUCGAGAGUCUGGACAUUCGAGUCGGAUUGAUCACCGAUGCCAAGGCCGUUGCGGACCCGGAGAUGUCAGCGAAGCGCGGGGUGCCCACCAUGAGCCGCAAGCACCUCCAACUCACGGUGGACAUCGGAUGUGAGGAGAGAAUAGUCGUGUCGGAGUGCAAGUAUGUGAUGGAUGUCGAAGACGCUGUGGGCAAAAAAGUGCUCUUCGUCGCCAAUGUGCCCCCUUGCGAAGUUUUAGGCAUUACCAGUCAUGGAAUGCUGUUGACGGGCUUCAAUUAUGAUCCCACUCCCAUGCCCAGGAGCUUCAAGGUCAUUUUGCCAGGCCUCGGUCGGCUUCCACCGGGGUCAGAGGUCAAAGGUGCUGGCAUUCCAAAGUAGUGCUCUGUGUCAAUUUUUUCCGAGAAGUAGAAUUUUCUGUCCAAGCCUUUCGUAUCGGAUUGGAAUACGUACGACAUCGUGCGAGCAGGGAAGGCGGCGAUUCCCCAACAUCCCGAUAGACCUAUUAGCAUGUUGUGAAGCGUCGGCUCCGUGCCAGAGUCGGGGUCGGGUGACGAUGAAGAGCCGAGAGGAGUUAGCAAUUUUGCAUUCUGGCUCGUCGAGACAGACCCCGAAAUGCACCUCGUAUAGAGAGUUGUGUCUCCUAUUGAUGUCAUGCUGGUGAGUGAGGGUGAGUAAAGGUAUCAGGCAUGAUCGAAGUGAAGGCAUAGUACAAAGAGUGGAUCUAGUUUUGGAACGAUCUGACUUACAGGUCACGACUGAUAAAAAGGCAUCAGUUCUUUGUAACAUCGAGCUGUCUUACCACGGACGCCCUUCCCCAUAAAUGGAUUGGAAACUCUGUGAAACAAUUUCAGAGAAAUCUGUGCCACCUGAUGCCGUUAUUCAUUGCUCGCUUGUGAAAUAUGAACCUGCUCCGGUCGAAAAGAUUCAUCGAAAGUCUUGCAAUCCACAUUCUUCUCCGUCAUUAGCUUCUUCGGCGAGAAUUCCUGGAAGUGAAACUCAAGCUGGGAAAAGGCCCAGCUCUUAUGUCGCGCGCGGGAACAGCGACUUUCUCCGCAGCCACCGCCCUUGAAACAGAACGUGGCAUCGAUUCCGCAUCGUCUCCCGCUUGGGAAGAUGAAUCAUCGAAUUCCUGCG